CAGACGAGAACAAUGGUGAAGAAGCUGGCCGUGGCCCCCAAGUGGAAGAACUACGGCCUGAGGAUAUUUGGCUACAUUCACCCCUACAGAGAUGGGGACUUCCAGUUUGCUGUGGCCUCCGACGAUAACUCCGAGUUCUGGCUGAGUUCAGACGAGAGUCCGCUGAACGCCCGGCUGCUUGUGUACGUGGGCCGGCUGGGCUCAGAAUGGACUGCACCAGGAGAGUUCAGCAAAUUCAGAUCUCAGUCUUCCAAGUCCGUUCAUCUCAUCUCCUCCAGACGGUACUACUUUGAGGUCUUACACAAGCAAGAUGACAGAGGCUCUGAUCAUGUUGAAGUGGGGUGGCGGCCCUUUCUGCCAGGAUUGAAGUACGAGGUCAUCGACUCGGCCUACAUCUCUCUAUACACAGAUGAGUCCAGUCUGAAGAUGAAUAGUGUGGAUCACGUACCGCAGACACUGGCCAGCCACGCGCGCCUCGCUCACGACUCUGCCCUGCCCAGCGGCCAACAUGGCGCCGACAUGCUGAAAGCUGACCCGCGCGACACCUUCUUCAGCAUACCGAUGAUAGAGCCGUCUCGUUUGGAGAAUGUGUUACCUGCCUGCCUCUACUCUCCCACCUAUGUGGUGAAGGAUUUCCCCAUCGCUCGCUACCAGGGCCUCCAGUUUGUGUACCUGUCCUUCGUCUACCCUAACGACUUCACCCGCCUCACCCACAUGGAGAGAGAAAACAAGUGCUUCUACAGGGAGUCGCCCAUUUAUCUGGAAAAGUUCGGCUUUUACAAGUACAUGAAGAUGGAUGAGGAGGAUGACGAUCAGCCCCUUUUCUUCCCUAACCCAGAUGACUUCCUUGAGGAGGAAGAAGGGGCGGACCCAGAGGACGAGGUGGAGAUGGUGGGCACCCCUGCCAGCCGAGCCGGACAGGCGUCCACCCGACACCCACGCAGGGCUGUUGGAGCCACCCCUGCUGAGAGGAGAGAGGAGAAAGGGCAGGAGAAGGAGGAGGUUGUGGUGGAGGAACAGGAGCAGGAGGAGGAGGAGCAGGAGGAGGAGAAUAAUGAUGUGGUGCAAAGGAGGCCCAGAAGGCGCCUCCUCCCGCACGAGAGGCAGAGGGACGGGGAUCUGGAGCGCGAGUGGAGGCGCCACCGGGAUCAGGGGAGGCAUGCUGUCGCCAAGCCCCCGCCGGAGGAGCCCGAGGCUGGGGAAGAGGAGGAGGAGGAGCAGGGGGUUGUGCCGGGCGGAGGAGGUGGAGGCGGUGGCCGGCACCUGUCCUGGAUCCGCACGGGCCCCGAGGAGCUGAGCCGGAAGGGCCCCGCACGGGCCCGCGAGCCGUCCACACCCAAGCUCAGCAAGUCGGCCCUUCUGUUCCCGCAGAAGGCCUCCCUAAACGCGCUGACCAGCCGCGCCAAGCAGAUCCUCACCUUCGCCCCGUGGCGAAGGCCCCGCCCGACCUGCUUCGCACCUGCAGCACACACGCACACCCGCGUCAAGGAGCACAAGAGGGACCCGAACAAGAUCUACAUCACCAGGCCGCGGCCCGCCAAGGACAGGAAAGCGCCGCUGUCCCGCCAGCCCAGGGAGGUCUUCCCGGGAGUCUUCCUCUACCAGACGGGAAAAACCACCCGGCUGGUCAACCUGGGCGCCAAGGCCAGGGGUGGGCCCCUGCUCCCCAAGCCCCCGCCCCGAGCCAUCCGUGUCAGCAGCAACCUCACCAGGCCGGACGCCGCACCUCACAAACCCUCCAGCAGGGCGGCGGUGUUGAGCCACGCAGACACGAGGAGAGCCGCCACGCCAGACCCCUCGCUGCCCAAAGCAUCCCGCGCAUCCACCACCACCACCACCACCACAGCCGCCGUACACCACCACCACCACCACCACCACCACCCACACCCGACAGGCCCGUCGCCGAACUCUUCCGAGAACACCGGUCCCAUGGAGACCCGCGUCACCUCGUACAUGCGCACCUCGGAGAUCACCGAGUCCCAGCAGCAGCACCUGCAGCGGCAACAGGAGCUGGAGCAGGGGCAGGGGCAGGAGCUAGAGCAGGGGCAAGAGCCGGGGCAGGAGCUAGAGCAGGGGCCGGGGCAGGAGCUAGAGCCGGGGCAGGAGCAGGGGCAGGGGACAGUGCCCGAGGAGGAGGGCGGCCUGUCGGAGUACAGCUACGAGGAGGCCGAGCCCAGGCCCGGGUGGGCGGAGGAGUCCAUCAACUGGCAGCGGACGUUCUCCGUCAACACCAUGGACUUUGAGCUGCUGCGCUCCGACUGGAACGACCUGCGCUGCAACGUGUCAGGCAACCUGCAGCUGGCCGAGAGCGAGGUAGUGGACGUGCUGGCGCAGUACAUGGAGAAACUCAACGAGCGCAAUGGAGGCAUCUACACCCUCCUGCGCAUCAUCAACGUGGAGAAGAGGCGAGACUCUGCGCGUGGUAACCGCUACCUGGUGGAGCUGGAGCUGAUGGAGCGCGGGCGCAGUGUGGUGCGCCUCUCCGAGUACGUGUACAUGCUGCUGCACCGCGGCCGGCUGGAGGACAGCAGCCUGGAGACCGCCGAGCUGGUCACCCCGCCGCCGCAGCAGGCGCCCACGGCCGCCCCCGUCAGCACGCCCGGCCCUGCCAACGCCAACGCCGUCCCCAACGCCAACGCGGCUCUUCCGUCACAACGGCCCUUACCCACUCACGCCAACCGAGCUACUCCGCAGACUGGCACCUCCUACGCCAAACCCCUGCUGUGCCAGCCAGUGAUGCUCCAGUGGAGGAGAGACGUCAUGGUGCACUUCGUGGUGCCAGUGAAGAACCAGGCUCGUUGGGUGCAGCAGUUCAUCUCAGACAUGGAGCAGCUGCACCGCGAGACCAAAGACAACAACUUCAACAUCAUCAUCGUGGACUUCCAGAGCGAUGACAUGGACGUGGAGCAGGCCCUGAGGGAAAGCACUGUGCCCAGGUAUGAGUAUCUGCGGAGGCCGGGGAACUUUGAGCGCUCGGCCGGAUUGCAGAUUGGAGUGGACACCAUAGAGGAUAACCACAGCAUUGUGUUCCUGUGUGACCUGCACAUCCACUUCCCUCUGAACAUCCUGGAGAGCAUCCGCAAGCACUGUGUGGAGGGCAGACUAGCCUUCGCCCCCAUCGUCAUGAGACUGGACUGUGGCAGCUCCCCACAAGAGCCCAACGGCUACUGGGAGGUCAACGGCUUUGGCCUGUUUGGGAUCUACAAGUCUGACUUUGACAAGAUCGGCGGGAUGAACACGGAGGAGUUUAAGGACCGCUGGGGAGAAGACUGGGAGUUACUGGACAGAGUGCUGCAGAAUGGCCUGGAGGUGGAGCGUCUGCGCCUGAGGAACUUCUUCCACUACUACCACUCCAAGCGUGGCAUGUGGAACUCCCAGCCCAAGAAGAGCCCCAAGGGGUAGAGCCAGCCCGGGGGACAGGACCGCUUGUGUGCCCACAGGCUGACACUCUUUAACACAAGCACCCUUCAAGGCAUCCGCCAGACUCUCUGUGGACUGUUUACUCCAGCCGUGUGUGUGUGUGUGUGUGUGUGUGUGUGUCUGUCUGUCUGCUGUGUAUGUCUGCUCUCUAUGUGUGUGCGUCUGUGUGUAUGUCUGCUCUCUGUGUGUGUGCGUAUGUAUGUGUGUGUGUGUUUGUCUGUCCAUUUGUGUAUGUCUUCUCUGUGCGUGUGUGUGCGUGUGUGUGUGUGUGUGCGUAUACAGACACAGGGGGAAAAGAAAACAGGAGAGUUUCUGUGUGUGAUGCCGAGGUGUUGAUUUUGAUCUCGUACUCGCCAGCGAACAUCAGCGGAGGAGCAACAACAGGCCCGUGUCUGGUUUCACUCUCCCUUCUUUUUAAAGCUCUCGGCACCGUCGUUUCCUGGGCAGGAUGCUCUUCUCGUUUUGAUUUUGAUUUUUUUUCUGAGCUUUUAGGACAACUAAUGGGAAACGACAUACUCAUGUGUCUCAACCAAGACGUGUGAUGAUGGUGAAGGAUCUUAAGGACUGGGCACUUGAAACUCGACUUGAUUGUUUGAACUUUUGGAGUGUACAGGCCAUGCCGCCAGUGCUGUGUUGUGACAUUAACUAUGUGGUCUAGAGGUAGAGAAACGUUAUGUCAGUAGAGAAGCAGCUUGUUGGUAUUUUGACGCAGCGACUAUGUACAUCCUUUGGGGGUUAUAUUUUCCAUAACUGGAAUUUAAGGUGUUCUUGGUGCAUUUCAUUUAGCACUUCAUUCUUCCUCACAUGGAGGUGCUAAAGAUUCAUAAACUACUUGACUCAUAUGUAAGACUUUACUUCUGCAGACUGUAAUAUGGAAGAUAUUACAGUGGAGAUUUCUUUUUUAAUAUAUACCCAUGUAAAUGCACUUUUGUUUGGGAUAUGGGGUGUGGGGCAUAGGCUUCUGCUUGACCCUGUUAACACUGUAUGAUGCCACAUGGCUUUUUCAUAGAGAUUUUAAGCAGACACCGAAGUCCUUCCACACAGGUAACUGGAAAGAAACUGGACUUUUUGAGCUGCAUCAGAAGAAUGACUGCUCUCUACCUGCUAAAGAAGAAGAGGAGACAACAAAAAAUGCUUUUUUAAAUGGCAAAUGUAAUAUGAUUCUGCUUUUGUUGUUUUAUUUUGUUAUCUUCUGUCUGAUGUGUGAAAGGUGUGUGUGUGUGUGUGUGUGUGUGUGUGUGUGUGUGUGUGUGUGUGUGUGUGUGUGCGUGCGUGCGUGUGUGUGUGUGUGUGUGUGUGUUUGGGGGAGGGUGGGGGAUGUGUAAUUUCACUUUCGUGUGCCUUUUAUUGGAUGGGGCGCGCUUGAGAGCACCACCACCAACAGGCUGGGGACUGUGCACUGGGUUCGGGUGAAGAUGCGCGAGAAGGUCAUGACUCCUUCAUGGACAAAGAGAGUUGAAGAAAACGCGUCACAGAGAUGACAAAGAUAGACAUUGCUCAUUGGAAACCGCAACCGUGAAACAACACAGUAGGCAGCUGUGUCUUGUGUCUUUUCUGCGUUGGAAAAUGACAGGCUGAACUGAGGUCACUGAACACCUUUCUUAAUCCCGCUUGUUGUAAGGUACUACAAUAGGACAGAACUGGCUUAUAAUGGUGGAUACACUGGCAGUUGUGGAGAUGACGAUUGUUCAAAUCUCUCUUUGCCUCUCUCUCUCUCACCCCAGAGGCCUAUAUAUCAUUUAUCAUACUUUGGAACUGACUAUUAAAAAAAAGAAGUAUAUAAGUUCAAAACAAAGAUCUACAUUCCAAGGUAAUUUCUGUGAAAUUGUUGUGUAGAACAUUUUAAGAAUGUAUUGUAUUUUUUCCAUGCCUUUGUUUCUUUUUAAAAAUAAAGUUUUAUGCUGAAUAUGAAA